ACAAUUGAACACAAUCACCAACAAUAGUCCAGCUCCAAUCUCUGGACUGUCAAGUAUUCGAAUAAUGUUUUUGUUUUUAAUUUUAAACUAAUUAACAAAACUCAAUAAUGAUUAAAAAAAUUAUCUGAUAAAUAUUUGAUUAUUAAUAAAAUAAUAAAUACAAUUUAAAAAUCAAUAAUUAUGAUAUCGGAGUAAAAAAAUUUGUUAAGAGUUUGUGUUUUUAUUUGGAUCAGCAAAAGCAAGCAAAAGAUCCGUCCUGUCAGAAUAAAAGAGCUUGUAAGCAUAGUGUGAUUAAUAUUAAGGAAAUUAUUUUUUAAUAAAUAUUUAAAAUGGGAGAUGAUUCAAGUGUUCGUGUAGCUGUUCGAAUUCGGCCUCAAGUGGCACGUGAAUUGAUUGACAUGUGCCGAAUUUGUACUCAAGUACCACCAGGAGAACCACAAGUAUUUCUUGGACCAGAUAAAGCAUUUACUUAUGAUUAUGUAUUUGAUACGGGUAUUGGACAAAAUGAUAUUUAUGAUGAUUGUGUUGCAAGACUUAUUGAGGGUGCACUUGAUGGAUAUAAUGCAACAGUACUUGCAUAUGGACAAACUGGAUCUGGUAAAACAUAUACAAUGGGUACUGGUUUUGAUGUUGAAGUUGAUGAUUCAAUUAUUGGUAUUAUACCAAGAGCAAUUAAACAUUUAUUUGAUGGUAUUUGUGAUAAACAAAAUAGAGCUAGAGAACGUGCGCAGAUGCCACCUGAAUUCAAGAUAACAGCACAAUUUUUAGAACUCUACAAUGAAGAUUUAAAGGAUUUAUUAGAACCUGGUGGUCCUCGAGGUGGUGCAAGAAUACAUGAAGAUACUGGUGGUAAUAUUCAUUUAGCUGGUGUUGAACCAAGAAUAGUAACAAGUCCUGAACAAGCAUUAGAAUAUCUUAGAUUAGGUGCAUUAUCAAGAACAACUGGUUCAACACAAAUGAAUACUCAAUCAUCACGUUCACAUGCAAUAUUUACAUUAUUUAUAAAACAACAACGUUGUAUUAAAAUUGAAGAUCCAGAUGCUGAUGUUGAUACAAGUGAACCAACAAAUGAAUUUGAAACAUUAACAGCUAAAUUUCAUUUUGUUGAUUUAGCUGGUUCUGAACGUUUAAAACGUACUGGUGCAACUGGUGAAAGAGCUAAAGAGGGUAUAUCAAUAAAUUGUGGUUUACUUGCACUUGGUAAUGUUAUAUCAGCUCUUGGUGAUAAAAAUAAAAAAGCCCUACAUGUGCCUUAUCGUGAUUCAAAAUUAACACGUUUAUUACAAGAUUCACUUGGUGGUAAUUCACAAACAGUUAUGAUUGCUUGUGUAUCACCAAGUGAUCGUGAUUUUAUGGAAACAUUAAGUACACUUAAAUAUGCUAAUCGUGCAAGAAAUAUUAAAAAUAAAGUUACAAUUAAUCAAGAUAAAAGUUCACGUACAAUAAUAUCAUUAAAACGUGAAAUACAACAAUUACAAAUUGAAUUAUUAGAAUAUAGACAGGGUAAACGUGUUGUUGGUGAGGAUGGUGUUAAUGAUGCAUGGCAUGAAAAUCAAAUGCUUAAUAGUGAAUUACAAAGUUUAAAAACACGUGUUAAAGCAUUAUCAGAAACAGUUGAAGCAUUAACAGCUAAAAAUUCAUUAUUAUUAGCUGAAAAAGCAUCUGGUCAAUGGUUAUCAACAAGUUUAAAUGCCAAUGGUAAUGAGGAUGUAUCAAGUCUUGUACUUGGUUAUGUACAAGAAAUUGAAGAAUUACGUGCACGUUUACUUGAAGCUGAAGCAAUGUAUCAACAAUUAAAAAAACGUCAAAUUCAAGUACAAUCUGUUAACAAUACAUAUGUUAGUGGAAUUGAUUCAACAUCAUUUAUUCAAAAUGAUACAAAUUCUGUACUUGUUGAUGCUAAAAAAGAAUUACAAAAAGAAUUAAAUACACUUGCUGCAUUAAAAGAACAACAAAGUAUGUCUAUGAGUAUGAAUAUGACUACAAGUAUUAAUAAUAAAAAUAUAAAUAAUAAUAUAACUAAUAAUAAUAAUACAAAUAAUAAUAGAGAAGAUGAUGAUGAUGAUAUUGAUAAUACUGAAAAUGGACAAGAAUCAUUGAGUGAAGAUGAUGAUUCAGGUGGUGAUGAUGAUGAUGAUGAUGAUUCUGAUAGAAAAGAUAGAGAAGAAGAAGAAGAAACUGAAGAACAAGCAGCAAUAAGACGUGAACUUGAAGCAAUAACAACUGAUAUUGAUGUUAGACAACGUUUAAUACAAGAACUUGAAUUAUCACAUCGUCGUUUACAAACAAUGAAACAACAUUAUGAAGAUAAAUUAACACAAUUACAAGCUAGAAUAAAAGAUACACAAGAAGAAAGAGAUAAAGUAUUAUCAUCACUUGUACAAAAUUCAUCACCAUUAACUGAAAAAGUUAAAAAAUUACGUGAUGAAUAUGAAAAAAAAAUAUCAUCAAUGCAAAAAGAAAUGCGUUUAUUACAAUCAGCUAAAAAAGAACAUGCUAGAUUGUUAAAAAAUCAAUCACAAAGUGAAAAUAGAUUACGUGGUUUAAGAAAUGAAUUGAGUGAAAUGAAACGAGCUAAAGUAAAAUUAUUAAAUAAAAUGAAAGAAGAAUCAAAAAGACAUAAAGAAAAUGAAUUACGUAGAAAUCGUGAAAUUGCACAAUUAAGAAAAGAAAGUAGAAAAAAUGCAAAUAUGAUACGUACACUUGAAGCUGAUAAAAAAAUUAAAGAAGUUGUAUUAAGAAGAAAACAAGAAGAAGUUACAGCAUUAAGAAAACGUGAUCGUGGUUUAAGUCAAAAAGUUGCUGGUCGUACAAUUAUUAAACCAAUAAAUCCAAAAGCAUUAAAAUAUAAAUGGCAAGCAUUUGAAAAAAUAAUAACAAAACAAUCACUUGCUAAACAAGCUGUUGCUGAAACUGAAAGAGAAAUGGAAAAAUUAUUAAUUGAACGUGAAGAACUUGGUAAAGAUUUAGAAAGAUUACAAAAACAUCGUACAAUUGUUGAAACAACAGGAGGUGAUACUAUUGAAAUUGAUGAAGAUAUUGAUAAUUAUAAAAGUAAAAUAAGUUAUGUACAAGAUAGUAUUGCUGAGUGUCAAAGAGACAUGGUAGAAAUUGGUGAUUGUGAUGUUGAAGGUGAACCUGGUAUUGAAGCACUUAUUGCUGCUGUUAAAACAAUUGAUGAAGCACAAUUUUUAUUACAAAAAAUGCUUACAUUUACUGUUGAACAAAGUUGUUCUGCAGCACAAAAACAACUUGAAGUUAGAGAUAUGGAAUCAAGACUAAUUGAAGUUGCACAAGAGAGUGAUGUACAACAUCAAUUAUUAGAACAUGUAUUACGUAAUCGUGAUAUUUUAGAUAUUUCAAAUAAUCAAAAUACAAUGGCCUAUAGUCCACCAAGUUCUCGUAGUUCAUCACCUGAUAAUAGUGAAACUUAUAAUCAACUUACACUCAAUGAAUCAAAACAAAGAAGUAAUAAAGUAAGAAGAAGAACAACACAACCCCAAGAACUUCUUUAUGGUGUUAGUAUGGCCUCAGAUAAUUUAAAAGUUGAAGAACAAAAUCAACAUCAAAAUCAUCCAUUAACUAGGGUACCCAGUGCCCCAGGAAGUCUUAGAGGUUUGCUAUUUGGUCGAGGUCAAAAUACAAGUGGAACAGCUGGUGGUAUAUCACCAGUACUCAGUCGACGUGAUAGCACAUCACCAAAAUUACCUCGUCGUUCGUUAUAUCCAUCAGGACCACCCGGAGGAUACAAUGGUUCCAUGGAACAACUUGCGCAAAUGGAUGCACCAUCACCACCAGGAUCACCGACAAUUUAUCGUCGUUUCAACAGUCGAGAGGAGAAUGUAUUUUCAAGGUUGACUGCUGCAAAAGCAGUACCAGUAGAUCCACAACCAACAAAAGGAGUAAUUUCUCAAUAUCCUGGCAAGACACAGCCACGUGCACCAUUACAAUGUACUCAUAUUGCUGAGGGACAUAGUAAAGCAGUUUUGGCAAUUGAUUCAACAGAAGAUUUGUUAUUUAGUGGUUCAAAAGAUCGUACUGUAAAAGUAUGGGAUCUUGGAACUGGUCUAGAAAAUAUGACACUAACUGGUCAUCCAAAUAAUGUUGUUGCUGUUAAAUAUUCAUUGAAGAAUCAUUUAUUAUUUAGUGUAUCAGCAGCAUAUGUUAAAGUAUGGGAUUUACGUUCUGGUAAUAAUUGUGUUAAAACAUUAUUUUCAUCUGGUCAAUCACAAAAUGGUUCAUUAUCACUAACAACAACAGCAAGAACACUUCAAUUACCGGUUGGUGAAAUGGCUAUAAAUGAUUUAUCAUUGAGUUUAGAUGAACAAGAGCUAUAUACUGCUGCUGUUGAUAAAAUAACUGUUUGGGAUUUGCGAAAAUUAGCAUGUGUUAGACGUUUAAGUACACCGCAUACUGCGGCUGUUAUGUGUCUUUCUGCUGCUGAAGAUGGUCGUGUUAUAACUGGCAGUAAAGAUCAUUUAAUAUCACUUGUUGAUGCAAGUUCAUCUGGACAAUCAGUGAGCUUGGCUCCACCACAUUAUGAUGGUGUCCAGUGUCUUGCGACAAUUGGUUCAAUGUUAUUUUCAGGUUCUCGUGAUAUGUGUAUAAAACGUUGGGAUCUUAAUAGAAUGGAACUUAUUCAAUCAUUAAAUAAUGCUCAUAAAGAUUGGAUUUUGGGUCUUUGUACAAUAAAUGAAGGUUCAAUAAUGGUAUCAGGUUGUCGUGGUGGAAUGCUCAGAGCAUGGACAGUACCAAGUGAAUUAUCUGGUGAAUGUUCACUUAUUGGUGAAGUUAGAGCACAUGGAUCAGCAAUAAAUGCUGUUAUUACAAAUCAACAGCAUAUAUUCACAGCCAGCAACUCGGGUGAAGUGAAACUAUGGCGAAUCCCUGAUCCAUAUCACACAAUGUCAAUGUCCACUAUUUCCAUCUGAUUAAUUUUAUUAUUAUUAUUGUUGUUAUUCAUCAGCUUCUUCUUGUUUUUAUUAUUUUAUAUUUAUUUGUAUUUUACUAUUAUUAUUUUGCUAAUCAUUUAUAAUUUUUGUGCUGUCUGUUCACGUAUCAUGUUUUUUUUUCUUCCUUUGCAUGGAUUAAUACAACAAUUUGGUAUCAGCGAUGGAACUGUUAGACUGUGGAGUUAUUCCAAGAGGGAACAUCGUACAUUUCAACGAAGUAAUUCAUUAAAGUGCUAACAUACAGCUCAACAUUCCGAUGUAACAACAUUUGAGUAUUUAAUUUAAUGAUAAUUUAAUCAAUAGAACAAUAUUUUUUAUAGAAUGACAAAUUAUAGUGCUAAAUGAAAAAAAAACAAAUAAUAGCAAUUAAUGAAAAAUCAAAUAAUUUUACAAAUUUUAAUAACCAAUUUUAAAGCCUUGACAAAACAAACAAAAUAAUAAUUAAAUGUGUCAAAUUAAUUUCAAUCAAUUAUCGAUCAAAUUAUAUUAUAUAAUUUUUUUUUUUUUACUCAUAAAACUUUUUAGUAUUUUAAUCAACUUGAAUUAAAUAUUUUUUACCAUUCCAUCAGUUUUUUUUUUUUGUAUUUUUUAUUUAUUUAUUAUAUAACAUACUUUGUCUGCUUUUAGAAUUUUUUUUUUUUUUAAUUUUGUAUAUACAAAAAUAAUAUGAAUGCUUUUGAACGAAAUCUAUACAGCCAAAAAGAAAGAAAAAAAAAUAAAGAAAA